AUGUUAUAUAAAACUCAGCUUUGUUCUUUUUAUGCAAAAGGAAUAUGUGCAAGAGGUAAUAAAUGCAGUUGGGCACAUGGACAAUUAGAUGUUAGACCUAUGCCUAAAUUCUACAAAACUAGAAUGUGUUACACAUUUUUAUCAGGCAGUUACUGUGAAGCUUCAAAAUGUACUUUUGCUCAUACAGAAGAAGAAUUAAGAGGAUCAGGAAAAGCUCUACGAUUAUGUACAAAAUAUUUUUUAGAUGGUUAUUGUAACAAGGCAGAUAAGUGCCCAAUGGCUCAUAAUAUAAAUCAGCUAGAUCCAUCUGUAAAGUUUUCUUCUACAGAAUUAAUGAAUAGAGUAUAUAAUAAUGAUGAUAAUAUAAACUAUAAAAAUAAAUUAGAUUUAAAAAAUAAUGAAAGUAAUAUAUAUAUAAAAAGUGAUAUACAGAACAACCAAGAAGAUAAUAAAGAAGAUAAUUAUAAUAUUAUUAAUCAAUUUAAUGAAAAUGAACAAGAUAUAAAAAAUUCAAAGAAAAACACACUUAAUUUUUAUACUCAUAAUGAUAAAAAAACAUACAAAGAAUAUUUAUUAGAAAACAAUAGAGAAAAUGAUUAUUUCAAUGAAAUGAAAAAAAAAAAAGAAAAUGAAAAUGAUUUUUUUAGUAAUAAUGAUACUAUGAUUAAUGGUGAAUAUGUAAAAAAUAAAAAUAUAAAAAAUGAUUUUUUGAAAAAUGAAUUUAUAAAUAAUCAUAAUCAUAAUCAUGAGAAUUUAAAAAAUGAAUAUCACUCUAAAAAUGAAGAAUUUACAAAAAAUAAUGAAUUUUUAAAAAUAAAUGAGAAAUUAUCCCCCAAUGAUUGUAAUUAUAAUCAAGAAGAGUUAAAUGGAAGGGAAAACAAAAAUUUUAAAUUAUACACCUAUAAAAAUACAGAUAAUAUUGAUAUGUUUAAUAAUUAUGAAAAUUUAAAAAAUAUGAAUAUCACCAAUAAAACGAGAUUAAUUAAUGAUUAUUAUAAAAACAAUAUUUCAUCAUUAGAUAUGAAUAUACAAAACAUAGAUAAUAUAAAUUUAGAAAAAUUAAAAAAUUUAAGAAAAAUAGAAAAAGCAAAUUUAUCAUCUAAUACAAAUUGCAACUUAAAUUUUAAUUUAUUAAACAAAAUAGAUAAAAAUGAUAUAGAUUUUGAAGAAGAAAAAAUUUUUUAUAACAAAUCAAAAAAGAAAGAUAAUGUAGAAAAUUCUAUGUUUGAUUCUAACACUACUUAUGAAAAUUCUAAGAAUAAUUCUAAUUAUUACUGUGAUAACAUUAUAAACCUAAAUAAAACAAAAGAAAAUUUAGAAAAUUGCGAAAAUGAGAGUUUAAACUUUAGUUACAAAAGUAAUAUGACAAAUGAAAAAAAUGUUAAUCAUUUUAAUUUAGAAAACCUUAUAUAUAAUAUGAAUAAUAUUAGUUUUGUAAACAUGAAUAAUGAAAUAGAACAAAAAAACAAAAAUAUGAAAUCUAUUAUAAUGAAAUCAAAUAAAAGUAAAAUCCCAAAUUGUGAAAAAACAAAUUUAUCUAAUUUAAAAGAAGAAGAAAAUAAAUCAGAUAACGAAAAAUACUACAAUGAAGAUAUUAAUUCUCAAUAUGUUGAUAAUUCAGAUUACAAUCUUAAAAAAUAUCUUCUUUUAAAUAAUAAGUUUAUAAUUGAUAAUUCUAAUCAAUUUAAUGAACAAUUACUUUUAUCAAAAAAUGCAAAUAAUGAUAUCAAUGAAAAUAUAUUAAAUAAUUAUAAUUUUAAAAAUUAUAUCAAUUCAAAUACUAAUAACCUAUAUAAUGGAAUAAAUUUAAGUGAUGGUAUAAAUAAUGUAAAUGGUAACAACAUAAAAAAAAAUUUAAAUAAUUUAACAAACACAAAAAAGAAUAUUAAUAAUAGCACAAAUAAUAAAUUGAAUAUAGAUAAUAUUAAUGAAAUCAAAAAAUUAAAAAAUAUGGACAAUAAUAAUAAUAAUAAUAAUAAUAUAGAUAACAUAAACAAUAUAAGUAAUCAUAAUUUUAAUAAUGGAGAGUUAACUUCUCAUGAAGAUGAUGAUGAUGAUGAUAAUGAAAAUACUAAUGAUUAUAUUUUAAAAAAUUUAAAUAAUAAUAUAAAUAAAAAUAUAAUUUUAAAUAAUAAAAUAGGUAUUCUAAAUAAAAAUAUGAAUAAUGAAAAUACAAACCAUUUAAACGAUGAAGAAGAUGAAGAAAUUUUAAAUAUAAAAAAUAAUAAUGAAAUUAAUAAUAAUAUAGAUCAUAAAAGAAAUAUGUAUAUGUUAAAUGUGAAUAACAUGAAUUUUAUGAAUAAUAUUGAUAUUAAUAGAAUAAGUGAAAAUAUAAAAAGUAAAUUAAGUAAUACAAAUGAAAAUAUUACAAAUUAUGAAGAUAUUAAUAAAAUAUUAGUAAAUGAUAACCAUAACAAUAUUAAUUAUAACAUAGACAAUUUUCUUAAUAAAAAAAAUGUAGAUAAAGUGAAUAAUAAUGUGGAAAAUAGUUCAAACAAUUCUAAUACCUUAAAAUAUUUAAAUAGGAAAAAUAUUAUAUAUAAAUCUAAUAAUUUUAAUGAAAAUAUGAACAUAAUAGAUUUAUGCACAUUGAAUAAUAAUAAUAUAAAAAAUAUUGAUGUUAAUACUAACAUGAACAAUGGUAUUAUAAAUAAUAAUAUCAACAAUAGUACUAAUAAUAAUAACAAUAACACUAGUAAUAAUAAUAAUAACCAUUGUAAUAAAAAUAAUAACACUAAUAAUAUUAAUGGUGUCAAAAUAAAUAAUAAUAAUAAUAAUGAGCAUAAUAUCAAUAAUAACAUUAGUAACAGUGAUCAUAAUUAUUAUUUCAAUGAUUAUAAUAAAGUAGAGAUUUCAAAUUUAACAAAAUAUAACUAUUCUAAUAAUUAUAUAGAUUCAAAUAAAAAUAAUUACAUUACAAAUAAUAUUGGAAAUAAUAUUGUAAAUAAUAAUUCAGAAUUAUAUGAAAUUUCUUAUAAAAAUGAUGAUAGUUUUACUAAUUAUAUUUAUAAUAAUAAAAACGAUAUAAUGAAUAAAAGAAAAAAUUCAUCUAAUAUCAAUGUAGAAGAUGAUCACAUAAUGUAUUUUAAUAAUAAAAAUGGCAAAAAAAAUUUUAAAAAUUUUAAUCCUUUAACUUAUAGCUUUAGUGGUCUAUGUGAAUGUUUAAGUAAAAAUGAAGAAAUAAAAAAUAAAGAAUAG